UGUUUGCUGUUCUCUCUAUUUAAAUGCUGCUUCUGUCUCAGUUAAUCACAAACUUCCAUGAUCUGAGUACACCAGCCAUGUGGAUAGGAAUUCUGUUCAUCUCUUUUCUCUUUCAAAUAACAACAGCAGCUCUCGGACCGCAUUUCCUAGUAAUUCUUCCACAAGUAAUACCAGCAGAUGGUUCCACAAAAGCUUGUAUUCACCUCACCAAUCUGAAUGAAUCUCUGAGUCUUACCUGCACAUUACAGACCAAUACAGAUAACAUCACACUAAUUAAUGAGGUCAUCAGAGACACUGACUGGCACAGAUGCAUCAGUUUUCAGGAUAGCAUUUUGUAUAUAGCAGCAGCUGAUGAGGUUAAACUGAAUGUGACUGGAAAAGGUGACACCUACCAAUUUGAAAAGAUAAAGGAGAUUCACCUGGACAAGCGACAGAAAAGCAGCAUAUUUCUCCAGACAGAUAAACCUCUCUAUAAACCAGGGCAGACAGCAAAGUUCCGGAUUGUAUCUAUGAAUGAACAUUUUAUGCCAGAUCUUGCUCAGAUUCCUUUGGUUACGGUUCAGGAUCCCAAUCGUAACAGGAUUGCUCAGUGGUUGAAUGUAACAACCCAGAACGGAAUUGGUGACUUGUCCAUUCCUUUGGCCUCUGAACCAAUUCAGGGUCAAUACAAAAUAGAAGUCCAGGGGGCAAAAUCUAUCACAGAGCAUUCAUUUACAGUGGAGGAAUAUGUAUUACCCAAGCAUGAUGUUCAACUGAAACUCCCACCUGCUGUCAAUGUAAUGGACAAAGAAUUUACAGUGACCAUGUGUGCCAAGUACACAUAUGGAAAACCUGUCCAAGGAACUGUCCAUAUGAGCAUUUGUCGGAGAAGUCAUUAUAUGUGGUACAAUAAAGCCACAAAAGAAAUGGAAAGUCAGUAUUGCAAUGAAUUUGAUGGCACUACUGACACAAGUGGGUGUUUUUCUAAAGUGAUAGAUGCUGUCUAUUUUCACCUGCGGACCCCUGCAUUUGAGAUGUCAUUUGUUGUUAAGGCCAUCUUGACUGAAGAUGAUACUAAUCAGCAAUUUACAGUCUCUGGAAAUAUUCCAAUUUCAACCUUAUUAGCACAAUUGGAAUUUAAAGAUACACCGAAGAAUUAUAAAGCAGGAUUGUCCUUCAGAGGAAAGGUCUUUGUCAAGGAUACAUCCAACUCUCCGUUGGCAGGUGUAAAUGUUAUCAUCAAACAUUCUGGAAGCAAUUAUUUUGAAAUACUUCCAACAGAUGUCGGAGGACAAGCCUAUUUUUCGCUGAAUACAUCAGCAUGGAAUGACGAAAGUAUUACUCUCUCAGCAUCUCUAGAGAAUAUUCCGCAUACUAGGCAGUGGUCUCAUAAAGUAAAUGUUCUCUAUGCUGAGACAGCCGAGCUCACAGUUCGUCCUCUGUAUUCAAAAAGCAUGAGCUAUCUGCAGAUUCAGUCAGCAUCGACAUCUAAAGUGGAGUGUGAUGUGGACUUUUACAUCAAUGUGGACUAUGUAUUCAGCCCAGAGGCCCUAGAAGGCCACCCAGGAACCUUGGUCUUCUUCUAUCUGGAAGCAGCAGGACCAACCAUAAUUUCAGAAAUCAAAGGAGCAUUCAAAAUCCCAUUUCCUAAAUCUUCAGAAAAAUUCUGGUUAUGUAACCAGGGAUACCUUCUCAAUACAACAGAAGUGGCUACACUUCUAUAA